GUGAUGAAUAAAUACAAUCUCACCGUGGUGAAUGAAUUCAUUCUCCUGGGACUAACAAACCGCCCUAAACUCCAGGCUCCAUUGUUUGUGCUGUUCCUCAUCAUCUACAUGACCUCACUGGUGGGCAACUUGGGCAUGGUCAUCCUCACCAAGAUGGAUGCCACACUGCAGACACCCAUGUACUUCUUCCUCAGACACCUGGCUCUCACUGACCUCGGUUAUUCAACAGCUGUGGGGCCAAAAAUGCUGGUCAACUUUGUAGUAGAUCAAAAUACCAUUUCUUACUACUUUUGUGCUACACAAUUGGCUUUCUUCAUCAUGUUCAUGUGCUAUGAACUGUUUAUUCUAUCUUUCAUGUCCUAUGACCGCUAUGUGGCCAUCUGUAACUCUCUGCUCUACACAGUCAUCAUGUCAGAACGGGUUUGUCUAACCCUGGUCAUCAUCCCCUAUCUAUACAGUGCCUUUGUGUCUCUUAUAGUCACCAUCAACCUUUUUAGUUUACCCUUCUGUGGCUAUAAUGUCAUCAAUCAUUUCUACUGUGACAAUCUCCCCCUGUUAUCUUUGCUGUGCUCAAGUACACACGUGGUUGAAUUCUUAAUAUUAUUCUUCUCUGCUCUCAAUUUAAUCUUCACCCUUCUGGUAGUGCUUGCUUCCUACUUGCUCAUUUUUAUAGCUGUUUUCAAGAUGAAAUCUGCUGAGGGGAGACACAAGGCUUUCUCCACCUGUGGUUCCCACCUGAUGGUUGUCAUAAUUCUCUAUGGCACCUUGCUAUUCAUGUACGUGAAACCCAAGUCCAGUCAUUCCUUUGACACGGAUAAAAUGGCAUCUGUAUUUUACACCCUGGUCAUCCCAAUGUUGAAUCCCUUGAUCUAUAGUUUUAGGAACAAAGAUGUGAAACAUGCAUUAGUAAGACUGUGGAAAAAGAUAUGCAGUAUAUUUUCUUAG